AUGCAAGCUCAACAUACUGUGAUGCCUGAUAUGAAUUACAAAGAUAAGUUUCUUAUUCUAAGUACAGUUGUUCCCUUUGGAACUACAGAAGAUGACAUUACUUCUGAUAUGUUUAUAAAAGACAGUGGAAAGUAUAUUGAGGAGAACAAGUUAAAGGUAGUUCUUAUUAGUCCACCGUCUUUGCUGAUUUUGAUUCCGGUGAAUGUUAAAGGUUUGGAACCGGUCUUGGAUAGGAGAGGUGACAUAACGGAUGAGGAUAAUGUCCCGAGACAUGCUGAAAAUGAGGGUGAAAUGAAGCAAGCAAUAGAUGAUGAUGUGCAGUUGAAUUUAGCAAAGGGUUGUGAAGGUAGAGGAAGAACAUGGGUUAGAGGAAUGGAUAGAAAUUUGGGGAUUUGUGAAUAG